CUCGUGUCAACUUGUCAGACAGUACGAGUCUCGCGCUAUUCAUGAAGAGCUCUCCCUGUGGGUGUCACACACACACACACACAUAUACACAGAGACACACACACACACAUAGGUCUGAUGCUGCUGCAGCUGCUGCUGCUUCCUGUAUUGAAGCACCACCACCAGCAGCCAAAGCCCUUCACGGCGUCUCACAGCUCCACACCCCGAGCUUUAAAAACACGGAGGAAUCUGUUGCUCGGGGCGCUCGCCGGUGGGAAAGCAGCCAGCUCGGAAGUCCCGGUGUAUCUCUCCGCGGUGGCGGGCCUUGUUGUCCUGAGAAAGCCGAGAAGCGAGCGGCAGAGCGCGGCUACACGUUAGAGAGACGCACGGCACGAUUUUUCCAGGGGAGCUGGUGAUAGCUUGUAGCGGCUAGGCGGCUAGCAGCAGGUAGAUAACCGCAGAAAGAAAGAAGAAAAAAAAAAGCAAGAAAACCUGGAAAUGUGUCCACUCCAGAAGAUUUAGAUGAACCUAAGAAACGAGCUGACUUUUAAAGAGAUUAUGUCAAACUGACAUGCGACCGAAAGUACACCAACUCUGCUAACGCCAGCUAGCCGAGUCACUAGCCUCUCUGGAGCUGAUCCUGUUGCUUUUUUUUUCAGACUUGAGUUUCGUGCAGGUUUUAAAGAGUUUCAGAUUCAAAGCGUCCCGGCUCGCUGCAGGUUAGUGCAUCACUUGAGGAAAAACAAAAGUCGUUUUAGGGUAGUUUUAAUUGAAAUGGCUCCCAAAAGAAGACCCGGUCCCCUGAUCAUAACGCCCAUUGGGGAAGGACAGGCCACCUCCAACACCAUUGAUGCUGCAUCUGAAGCCAACCUCGAGGCCUUACAGAAGAAACUUGGUGAGCUGGACCUGGAUGAACAACAGAGGAAACGACUGGAAGCCUUCCUCACCCAGAAAGCCCAGGUUGGAGAGCUGAAGGAUGAGGAUUUUGAACCCAUAUGUGAGUUGGGUGCUGGAAACGGAGGAGUGGUCAACAAGGUCCGCCACAAACCCUCGGGUUUGGUCAUGGCCCGGAAGCUGAUCCACUUGGAAAUCAAGCCUGCCAUCAGAAACCAGAUUAUCAGAGAGCUGCAGGUGCUGCAUGAAUGCAACUCCCCCUACAUUGUGGGCUUCUAUGGGGCCUUUUACAGUGAUGGGGAGAUCAGCAUCUGUAUGGAGCACAUGGAUGGCGGAUCCUUGGACCAAGUUCUCAAGGAAGCCAGAAGAAUCCCAGAAGAAAUCCUGGGAAAAGUUAGCAUAGCUGUAUUAAGGGGAUUAGCCUACCUGCGGGAGAAGCACCAGAUCAUGCACAGAGAUGUCAAGCCCUCCAACAUCCUGGUCAACUCUCGCGGGGAGAUCAAGCUGUGCGACUUUGGUGUGAGCGGCCAGCUCAUAGAUUCCAUGGCCAACUCCUUUGUUGGAACGCGCUCCUACAUGUCGCCGGAGAGACUGCAGGGCACUCACUAUUCGGUUCAGUCUGACGUGUGGAGCAUGGGUCUGUCUCUGGUGGAACUGGCGAUUGGCCGCUACCCCAUCCCCCCACCAGACGCAAAAGAGCUGGAAGGUAUCUUUGGACGGGCAGUUAUGGACGGGGCAGAGGGAGAACCUCACAACAACAUGCAGAGACCCAGACCACCAGGCAGGCCCGUGAGCGGACAUGGGAUAGACAGUAGACCUGCGAUGGCCAUCUUUGAGCUUUUGGACUACAUUGUAAAUGAGCCACCCCCUAAACUGCCACUUGGGGUCUUCACCAAUGACUUCCAGGACUUUGUGACAAAAUGUUUGAUCAAAAACCCUGCUGAGAGAGCAGAUCUGAAGAUGCUGAUGAGUCACACGUUCAUCAAACGAUCAGAAGUGGAAGAAGUGGACUUUGCCGGCUGGUUGUGCAAAACCAUGGGCCUCAACCAGCCCAGUACUCCAACCCGCGGCACUGAGUGAACAGACCCACCACGCCCCCUCCUACAACUGCCCUGACACACCUCUGGGUCUUGCUUGCAUACACAUAAAUAUAUUGCACAUACACGUACACAAGCCAUCACACAUUGGCACUUUUUUCAUCUUGCUCUUGGGUAAAAAACAACAACAAACAAAACAAAAACAUUUCGGCCUCCCCGUUCAUUUCUUUUUUCACCAGCAGCAGGGCCCGUUGAGUCAUUGUACUGUAAGGCCACAGCUUCACCAUGCCAGUGUCAAGAGUAGCCACAGCUCACUUUUCCACACUGCUACAGAGGAUGUAAAUCACUGAAGGGCUGCCAGUGUCAGCUGAAUUUGCAUUGAUUGACAAACUUCUUUUGUAUUGUUGAAUAUUCUGUAUUAAUCUUUUCUAUGGCAACAGGUGAUGGCUUGUGGGACUGUAUUUUAAUUUAAAAAAAGAAAAAGAACCUGCUGUUGAGAUUUCUAAACCGUGAGAAAUCCAAACGUAUUAUCUACUUGCAAAUUCUAAAUUGCUUUUAUUGAAGGUGAAUGCAGGUGUUUUGAUUUAAAAAAAAAAAGAAAA